AUGCAUUUCUCAUGGGUACUAUGUAAUUUCCCGAACAGGAGUUUAACGGUGUGGUUUUUUGGAAAGCUUUCUGUGUACAUAGCAUAUCUCAUCUCCUACCUAAAUAUACUGGUGUCUCUAAAUUGCUCCAGGAGUGUCUUUGUCUAUCGUUCUAUGUUCUGGCAAGUCAGUAUUCAAACUAAGAUUUUGGGAUAA